AUGACAGAAGUAAACAAGAAUCUAGAAACAUUAUCAUUAAAAUUCUCAGAACAUCAACAAAAUAUAAAUGAUUUAAUAUCAUCAAGAUCAAGAUUAGAAACUCAAUAUCAAGAAAAUAAAAUUGUAAAUGAAGAAUUUUCUUCACUAUCUGAAGAUUCCAAAAUAUAUAAAUUAAUAGGUCCUAUUUUAUUACCUCAAGAUUUUUUAGAUGCUUCAUCUAAUGUUAGUAAAAGAAUUGAAUUUAUUGAAAAUGAAAUUAAAAGAGUUGAGAAUAAAAUCGAAACAGAAGAAAAAUCAAUGGAAGAUAUAAGGAAUGAAAUUAUAAAAUUAAGAUCAUCUCAACAAAGUUAA